UUGCCUUUGCUGGGAGAGGCCAGAGGGAGGGACCAGCCAGGGAAUGACCCAAGGACACAGGCCAAAAGGCCCUCCAGACAGUGGUGGGUACUAACCCCAGCGAGCGCUGGGAGUGCCACCCACUCCCUCCCCUCCACAGACUCAGGUGGCCCCUCUUUGAUUUUCCUCUGCUGGAGAAGCUGGGCCAACCUCCUCUUUUAUCACCUCCCAGCCCAGGCCCAGCCCACAGCAUGGGAGGGAGGGACAAGGAAGAGGGAGGAGAGAGGGAGCUCACCCUGUUCCCAGAGGACAGGGACUAGGCGUGGGUACCAGGGUAUGAAGUUGUAGGGCAAGUUCCCAGCCAGGGCUCCCUCUGGCACUCCCUCCACAGUAAUUUGACACUUGAAUCUCCAGGACGACCAACAACAAGAAAGCUGGGGCAGAUGGCAGUUGGCAGUUAGCGGCCAGGAGCUUCGUGGACCGGGAGCUCCGUGCUGAGCAGCAGCAGGAAGAGGCAUCCCAGAGGUUCCUCACUGAGUGCGCCUCAGUACCCCACCAAAUCUAAGCUCCCAGGUGGAUGAGAGGGUGGAAUCUCUGGUGCACUGAUUGGGAAGGAGGCUCCAGGUGCUGUCUCUGCCCCAGCAGGAAGCCGGCACAGCAUGGCAGCCACCAGCUUUGUGCAGGAGAUGAGCUCUGUGGGUGAGAAGCUACUCCUCAAGCUGCAGAGGCUACUGCAGGCCGACCCCGUGGAGAUCGUGGCCUUCUCAGUCAUCCUCCUUUUCAUAGCCACGGUGCUGCUGAUGCUGCUGUUGGUAAUUUGCUGCUUCUGCUGCCCUCACUGCUGCUGCACUGAGCACAGGGGCAGGAAAGUCCAAGUGCAGCCCGAGACCACAGCAUAAGGGCUGGGGUGAUGGCCAAAGAGAAGCUGGAGAGGAGCCUGCCAAAGCCAUGAUACAGGUGAUCCACCUGGCCCUGCAGCCCUCAUCCCUCAAGACAAGGAUCCCCUGACCCUGCCCUGCAUAGGCACCUGGAGCCUUAUCAAGGAAACGAGGGCUGACAUAGGCACAGAGCUACCUACCAGUGGACACUGGACACCAAGGAAUCAUCCACAGCCCAAAGACUGAGUAAACCACCUGGGAUUCUCUGUCAACCUGAACUUUUUUUUUUUUAACAGAAUAGGGAAGCAGGGAUCCCCAUACCUCGAUAGAGAACAGCCUGCACCUGUGGCAAGCUGGCUACACCAAGGAGGAGCACAUCCAUUAGAGGGGCACUGUGAAAUGGCUACUGCAUCCCAACCUCCCACCAGAGGGGACUGUCAGUAUUCUAGUCUGGUAUUGCUUGUUUAUUUCCAAGUAAAAGCUCUUUGCUAUGUAUCUCUGUGGCACCAGACUCGCUAAGGCUGGGCUGGGCUCUGUGCUCCGGGAGGUAGUGGGCUAGAACUCCAGGGCCAUGGCCAGUGCCUGACUCUUCCAGGCCUCUGCUCUCCCUGUGCUCACAAAAACUGGAAAACCACACAGGUAGUAACACCACAGAACUGGGAUUGGGUGCAGUGAAAUUCUUGCCAACCAUUAAUUGCUAAUAAGCCAUGACUGCCAGGCACCCGCUCUAUGGAGUGACAGGCUUGUGUGCCCCAAGGCAAGCAAGAGGCUCAAGAAUGUCACUUGAAAUUUUCCACUACCAGCAACUCUGGCUGCACACCCCACACUAGUAAGUGCAGGCCCCUAGUAUCAACCACAACCUACACCCUGAUCCCUAGGCCCUUCCCCCAUCACGUGCUGUCUGGGCCCAAACCUCACCCUGUCACUUAGAAGUGUGACUCAACUUCCCCAAGUCACGUCUCCUCCCCAGUGAAAUGGGGCGAAUCCUGGUAUUGCUUCCUGGGGUACACUGUGAGGAUGAAUAUCUUAGACCUAGUGUAGCACUCAGCAUAGUGCUGGGCAUAUCCUAUCAGCUCUGUAAAUAGGAACUGUCAUUUUUGUCCUCUAAACAAGAGCCCAACUCAGAGCACCGAAAAAUAAAAUGGGC